AUGGCCGGCUUCAAGUCUCCGCUCAACUCAUUCCUCCAACACUUCAAUGAGAUUCAGUACCAGAAGGACGGCCACCGUAUGGCCACCGCUCUGUCCAUCGCUCAGAGGGACGCUCUGACGCCACUCCUCGACGACAUCAAUGAGUCGGUUAUCUCGCGCUACGUCUUCGCCCCUUUCGACGACCUAUUGAGCGCUCACUUGAAGUGCUGCAGAGCUCUGGUUGUGGACAACGAUCCCAUCGAAGCGUUUCAUCUCAAGUGUCAGGGAAUCCAAGCGUUGAUUAAAGUGUUGACUCAACUGAAGGACGAGAAUUGGAUCCUUGAGGUGAUGUACGUGUCGGCCGUCGAGUUGAGACAAUUGGCAACAGUUGCCGAUCAGUACAACCGAAAGACCGGCGACUCGUCAGCGCACGUGAAGCCGGACGAGUGUCUGGAAGAGUGCGCCUCUCAGCUGAUGGCCUGCUUCAGGGUCUGCGCCAACGAUAACAGAGCGGCGGCCGAAGUGUCGAAGCGGAAGGGAAUGAUUAAUCUGAUAAACCAAUUGUUCAAAAUCUACUUCAAGAUCAAUAAAUUGCAUUUAUAUAAGCCGUUGACUCGCGCUCUCGAGAACGCCAACAUGAAGAAUGAGUUCAGUUUAGCCCAAACAGUGACCUAUAACUACUUCACGGGAAUGAAGUCACUCUUCGACUCCGACUACAAGAAGGCCGAAGAGUUGUUGGCGUUUGCCUUCAAUAAGUGUCAUCCGGAGGCCCAUAAGAAUCACAGACUCAUAUUGAUUUACUUA